AUGUCCGAUACACUCAAGCCUCUCCGCGUCUGGCUGGCCCCCCCCGGUCCCAACCCUUGGAAGGUCAUUACCAUCCUCGAGGAGCUCAGCAUACCUUAUGAAAUCGAAUCCAUCAGAUUCGAGAAUAUCAAGACGCCACCUUUCACGGACAUCAACCCCAAUGGCCGUGUUCCUGCCAUCGAGGACCCCAACACGGAUGUCACAAUCUGGGAGUCUGGAGCCAUUAUUCAGUAUCUAGUCAAUCAAUAUGACACUGAGAAGCGCCUCCAUUACGAUACCCUCAAGGAGCAAAACCUAUGCAACCAAUGGCUCAUGUUCCAGAUCAGUGGCCAAGGCCCAUAUUUUGGACAGUGCACCUGGUUCACCUAUCUGCACCCCGAGAAGCUGCCUUCGGCCAUUGAGCGCUACUCUAACGAAAUCAAGCGAGUGCUCGGUGUCCUUGACGGCGUCUUGGCUGCCAACCCCAGCAAGUGGCUUGUGGGUGACCGUAUCACCUACGCUGACCUAGCCUUUAUUCCUUGGAAUGACCGCCUUGACGCAACUCUUGGUGUGCCUGAUGACAAAAAGUUUGAGGGUUUUCCCCACGUCAAGGCGUGGCAUGAGGCCAUGACUGCGCGGCCUUCUUGGGUCAAGGCUAUGGACACUCGAGCCCGCCUUAUGGAUGAACAGGGCUUGGACUGGAAUGGCAUGCCCAAGGGAACUUCUAACUACCAGGAGUACCAAGACAGCCUUAAUAAGGGCAAGGCUUAG